UCGUACAGAAGGUGCACGCGUGCCCGUUUUCCCAGUGUGUGUGUGUGUGUAAGUAAGUGUUGUGUUGUGCCGCACUGCAUGUCAACUGUUGUUUCGGUUCUAUUGUGCCCGAUUUGGAGCGCCUGCAGGCAACGUUCCGUUUGAUGCGUCGAUCGAGCUCGGAGUGCUGUUGAAUGAUUUCCAAAACCGCAAACAAAAAAGUGUCAGUGUGUCACGUAAAAGUGUAGCGAGGAAGGAAAGCAAAAAAAUAACUAAGCCGUGUUUUUGAGGAGUGGAAUUUUUUGCGCCCAACAUCAGCAUAACGAAACCAACUGUGUAUUUUUGUGCGCGAGUGUGAUUGUGUGUGUGUGUCAAAGUGUGUGUGUGUGAGUGAUUCUAAAAUCUAGUUCCAAGUGUCGAUCAAGGCAUUCUGUAAAUAUAUUGUAUUGUUCUGAAAAUUUUGAAUGUAAAAAAGUUACACCAAGCUCAAGUGUGCCCAGUGCUUGAAUAAAGUGUAUUCUAUCCAGCUGCUACAGAUCCUUUCGCGGUGUGAUAUAUGGUAUCGAGUGUAAUUUAAGGUGUCGUAGCUUACGGAAUGUUCUGUGCAGUGCAAGAAAAGUGUCGCCAAAAAUUGUGAAGAAAUAAGGAAAAGCACUUGACCAGAAGAAAAGCGUGGAAAGCUGCUUCAAAGGUGGAAAGGAGAUCGCUUCACUACAAACAGGUAUAUUUUAUGCGCUCUGGGUUGCAACUGCUAAUAAGGACAGCUUUCUUCGGUCAUUUACACCACUACCCGUUAGGUCUACAAAAGUCGUCCAGUGAUACUGUUUGCGACGGAUUUUCUUGCCCCCAACAGAACUGGCUGGUGUUAGCGAUGGCGAAGGCAGAAUCGAUACAUAAUGGACUAAAAACAGAUGCAACCGAUGAUGUGGAAAAAUCGCUCGAACUGCUCGAUAAGGUCCUGUCGGAGUUCGAGGAGGAACCGGACCUGACAAACCACCUCAACCACCAUCACCACCACCAUCAUCAUCAUCCGGCGGUCGAACCGGACAGUCCGUCGCAGGGCCACCAAUCCGAGGACGAUGGUUACAUGAGCAUGAACGGAAGAAGGGCCAAAUUUGUACCUGAUUUUCAACCGACAGACGAGGCCACAGCACCAACGCAUCCACAAGUGCUACAGCUACCAUCCCAUCAACCGCAGCAGCAGCAGCAGCAGCAACAGCAACAUUCGCUUCCGGUACCGACAGACGAAUCGUACUCGCCCCCAUCGCCCGAGGAAGCGGAACGAAUCAUUUCCAAUUUGCUGCCAAGAAUUUCACCAAACACAUCGCCCAAACGGCGUGCAGCGGCGGAAAAUGGUCAAACAGAGUGGCGGAGCAGAAAUCAAUCGAUUCGCACCUCGGACGCGAUCAGCAUCGGCGACAGUGACACUUCCGGCGACAACAAACCGUCCUCGCACGACGAAACCAUCAUCACGAAAAGCCCUACACAAACAACACUGCCAAAGACGCGUCCACCAAAUGCGAUGCCCCAGCGAUACGCAAGUCUUCCAUGUUCGAGUCCACCCAAGCUGCAGGAUUUGUCCGGAUCAAACGAUGCCGCUGGCGGAAGUCUCGACGGUGGCCGGAACAAGCUCGGUAUCGGUAUCAGUGCCGUGCACGAUGCGGUACUACGGGGGAUGGCCCGAUUGCCCGAACCGAUCCUCAACGAGCACCCCGUUACAAUCUACCCGGGUCGAGCGUCGCCAACACGCCGCAUGCCUCCACGCACCCUGUCCGGCUCGAUGGAACGGCACCGAUUUCCCACGUCCGACAACUCGACCUCCACAUCGCAGGAAAACUCCUCGCCAGAAAACAACGAGUCGGAGUACAACGAAUCGUCCCUAUCGCCUACCCACGGGCACUUACAACCACUGCAAGGCGGUACACCGGUCACCUCACUGUUGAGCCGAAUAUUUCACCAAAAUGCGCCGCCACCAUCAUCGGUGUCCAGCUCGCACCAUCUCCACCAUGGAGCUGCCCGUGGCAACCGGAUUCCACCAGUGACCGGUACGAUUCCGAGCAUACCCUCGCGAGCGUCGGGGCGACCGGACAGUGACGAUGAACGAUUUUCCGAUGACUCGCUGGAAGAAUCGUCCCUGCCACCACCACCCGGCCCACCAACCGUACCUCCGCCUCCGUCCCUGUCCGCACCGGUCACACCUUCCAAACGGCACAGCAUUGCCUGGGAGGUGAAUCUGGACGAUCCGGCCAGCUUCGGUGAUCCACUCAUCAUCACCACACCCAACAAAAGCUCCACUGCGGUUAGCUCGAAGGUGGUUGGCCGCCGAAAAGCUGGUCCCAAGCACGCAACGAGCUCGCAGUCGAGCUUAGAGUCCACGCCAAGCAACAUCAAGAGCGAAUCGAACGAGUGGCCCGAUCCACCGGACAUACCCAUCUGCAGCACCGAGGAUGAAGCGGCCUCCAUCUACUCCGAUUCUGACGACCUCAUUCCACAUAUCCCGGACAUUAGCGGGCGCGGCACGUACAUCAUACGCAAGGGACGUCGGCAACGGCAACGUUUGGCCAGCCUCGAAUCGGAGGCGAACAACAGCAAUGGCGGCGGUAUCCUCGUUGGACCGGACGUCCCCGAUUCACUCGGCGAGGAUCACAUCCUGCGUGGUUUGCCCAGUCCCGUCUUUCCGGCCUCGAUGAUCACACCGAAAUCACGUCACAGCAUCGAUCUUGGCCUGUCCGCAACCGGCAAGACGAGCGUUGGCGUAUCGCUCCUCAAAUCAUCUCCAUCGGCACCCCAAAAGCUACCCAACUCCGUACUUUCCCCAAGGUCACGAUUAUCAUUAGACUUAAGUUCACCUACUACCUCAGAGCUUUCAACUAAUGUUAUAAAGAUCACCACCCCGACCGGAAGCUAUCCUUCGCCGGUGGCGGCCCACCAUCACGCUUCCUCGCCGCUCGGUGCCCCUCCAGCGUCCGGCCCACUGCACGCCCUGAACGGUCUCAUCAGCAACGGUGCGGGUCCACUAGCGGUCGGUGGCAGCAGUAGCCUGAGCAAAAGCACCAAAGCAUCCACGGCUGUCAGCAACGGUGGGACCAGCAUUGUCAACGUUGUCGGUUCAUCCGGACCUGCUGGCGCCAAUCAACCGCAAUCAGCCGCACCAUCGCAACCGGUCGUGUCGGCCCGGUACACCGAGUUCAAGACGUACAGUUCCACGUUCGAUGCGCUCCAGGCACUGGACAACUCCUCGUCCGGUGGUGGAAACGGUGGCAGUGGAGCUACCGGCGGUGGUAACACCACCACCACCCAUCUGAACGGAUGUAUCGGACCGGGCGUAUCAACGGCCGGUGGUUCCUCCGACAAUCCGUUGCUACGGGUAUCCUCGCUGCCUACCAUCACACCACCGCUAACAUCCUCCGCAACAGCCGAAGGUCUGGCGACACCGCGACGAGAACUGGCCCCGCCAAUCGAGGAGGACGAAGAGGCGGACAGCGACACACAACGAGGUGCCCCGCUGCGAAAGAUAGAAGAUAACAUUAGUGCUUUAUUACGUGGUGAUAUAUCCGUUGCUAGAGUAGCCGACAUACCUCCAGCAAGACGUCCACUAGGUUUUCGUCUAGGUGUUCAUAAAUCAGAAAGUGCCAAAGAAAUGCUGCUGUCGCAGGCAGGCCUCGGACCGUUGCCACCAUCACCGCCAUCAUCCAGCCCGGAACCGCAGGAUAGUGACGAGUUUCCCCCCUUGCCUCCAUCACCGACGGAAGAACCGGAGGUCAUGCAUCAGAUGCACGGUAUACGCAUCAGCUCGCGGAACCGUGGCAGCAACGGUGCACCGAACGGUUCCAGCAAGCAUGAACAGCUGGCCCAUGGUUACCGAGAGGAUCAUCCACCGGCAAUUCCGCCACACCGUGGACCAUCGAUAAAUACGCUUAAAACAAGGUCGAUGGAUGCUGGGUUCAGUAAAUCGUACCGUAACGGUUCGUUCGGUUCGUCGACGUCCCCGCACGCCCCCGGUACACUUCCUCCCGAUUUGCCCGGAUGCAACUCGCGUCGAAGAGUCAUCACCGGUGGCUACCAGAAGCGCACCGCACAAAGUCCCCGUGAGGAAAGAUCGCUGCAAACGUCCUGCAGCCUACCGGAGACACCCAUCUUUGCCCGAGGCUGUGACAUACCAAGAACACCACAUCGACGUGCGCCAGAAGUUCCACCGCACGGUAGCGGAAGUCGCACGGCACCCAGAACCAACUCCACCACCAGCAGUCUCGGAUCAUCCGUCGUCGGCAUCAGUGCCUCGACCACGAUCGGCAGUCGACAGCGCAGCAUCAGCCAGGCGCUGGCCAACGGGGAGAUGCUGCGGCUGGCCGGCGGUCCCGCCCGGGGCUGGUACCCGAAGCAGCGCCACCCGAGACCGGCCUCCACCGAGAACCUGGACCGGCUACAUCCGCAGGGAUCGCUGCGCGCCUGGGAGGCAGCGGGUACGGGUAGCCGCAAACCGCUCACCCUACCACCAAAUCUUACACCCAAAUUUUUCAACAAGUCACCGCGUGAGGCACUGCGCCGGGUUACUAGUUUGCUCAUACGCAAAGGCAAUUCCGGUACGAAGGAAAAGGAACCGAAAAAGGAUAAGGACAAGGAUUCGCAUCAUCAACAUUCGCAACAACAUGCCCAGCAACACUAUCACUAUCAGCAGCAACAGCAACAGCAGCAGCAACAUCAUCACCGUGAUUCGUCAUCCGUCUUCCUGCAACGUUCACCCGGUUCCGAUGUGACCGACUCGCGAAGCUUCCCGCAGCACUCGUCCCAGCACACCACACCGACGACGCAGAAGAAGAAAGGUUUCUUCAAGAGCUUUUGGAAAAAGUCACGCCACUAUUCGCUCGAAAAGCAGUAAAAGGUUUCGACUUCAGCACGGGCAACACAUUUUGCAACCCCCGGCGAGAGAAAAUGAAGAACAGGACGCCGUAGGUAAGUGCAUCCAUUUUUGACGCCCUUUUUUGACCUCCAGCGGGGGAGCCAGUUACAACGUUUUCCUCCGCGCGUGGAAGAAAAGCGAUGCACACGACGACGACGACGGCCGCGGAUUUUUUUUUCCGGCCAGUGUCUCCAAACGCGUCCAGAGCUGCGUGUGAAGCGAAGUGCAAAAGUAGUGACGAGGUAGAGCACCCAAAACAAAAAGCGAACUACUAGUAUAUACACAUUUUAACAACCACUACAAACAUGUGUGAAAAGCGUUACGCUAAAAAAAAUCCUUUUCGGUUGGGCGAGUCACAGUACGAAAAAACUGACCAACCCUCCUAAUCGUUCAGUAAGCACACCACGUGUUCAUUGCCGAAAUUGAGUUUUCCAGUGUUGUUUUUUUAAACAAAUAUUUCAAAACCGGGGUAAAAGAAAACCCGAGCUAACAACAAUUUCCAUAGCGUUGACAGGGGGAAUGAUUGGAAGUGAAAAUAGUGGAAAAGUGUGGUUUGUGAGAGGUGUAAAACGUAACAUUCGGAAUUAUUGAUUGAAGAGAGUGAAAGUGAGUAGUAGCAAGAGUAAUAGGAAAACUGUCGAAGCACGAAAAAAAUAUGAAAAAAAGAAAAGAAGAAGAAGAGCGAGAGAGAGAGAAAGAAGAAAAAGAAAUAUUAAUCAAAGACCCGGCAUACGAGUAAGAAGAUAAUAGAGAAGAAAAACAACAGAAGGUAACGCAAAGAGACAAAAAAAACUGGAAGCAACCAGCAACGGAACACUUAUCCUUUUCGCUAUCCCAAAAAGGAAUAGAAAACAAAGAUGAAUUUUUUUUUUAUUUAUUCUCCUUUUGAUAUUACUUUCUUCUUUAGUACGUUCUAAAAGGAAUAAAAUAAAUUAUCCAACUGGACUUUCUUUUUUUUUUUAGCAACUCACUCACUAGGUCCUUUUGCAUCCUUUUGCGUGAUUGUGAAUUGUUUGUAAUUAUAAUACCUUGUGUUGUUGAGUGGUUUAAUUAAGGGGCCUCUAUUUUUACAAUUGUACAGACUGUUAUGAAAUGUGUUACGGUAGGGUUAGGAAAACUUUUGCUUUUUCUUUCCCCUUUUUUUCGUUUUUGUUUGUUUGUUUUAUAUGUUUUUUCUUCUUAUUUCUUUGUUUGCUUUUUGAUUUAAAAUUACCUGUUUUUGUUUGGAAUGUUUUCUUUUAUAUUUAUCCUGUACUAGUUUACUAAUUUUGCUUUACGCCUAACGGGCAGUUUCUUUUUAUGGAAGAAAACUUUCUACGCAAAGAUUUCGAACACGUUAGAGAAACAAGGCAAGCGAAGUAAGAAAAAAAGCUCCCAAAUACCCCCCUCGGAAAAUGGAACAGAAACAAACCCCAAUUUUAUCAGCACCUAUUCUCGGUAAAGUAAACCAUAAAUCAUAAAUCGUUGAAACAAGUGAAUGCUAUUGCACACACUCAAACACGGUACGCAUACAUUACAAAAAAAACACACACACUCACACGCACAAAUACACGUUUGGAAGCGUUUUCUUAUCGCUGUUCAGAGCAAAUUAAAACAACAUUUAACAACCAAGAAACGCUUUCAAGAAGAAAUGUUCGACAUGAAGAAAUGAUAAUAGUAAGUGAUGCGAUAAAUAAAUAAGUAAGCAAAACAAAACAAAAAAAAAAAAACAAGAAAUAAAAGGUUAAACAUAACAUAACAUAAAAGAAUGUAAUAAAAAAAAAGAAGCAACGUAAGGAAAGGAGCCAAACAGAAACAGUUAAUUAGCGAGUACGCAAAUGAACCAACCAAAACAAAAAAACAAAAACCCCCAACCCUUACAAACAAACAAAAUCAAUCUAAACCACAUAACGAAUCAGAAGCUCACCCCACAAGGACAUCGGAGCCUUCCCUCUUCCUUCACGUACCGAAUCCUUCAUCCUGCGCCCUGCUCUUAUUGUAAUCCUGGCGUGGCGCAAUUUUGUGACGAACGGACGCGAGGACUAAACUUCAAACCCCGAAAUGUAUCUCAAACAGUUUGCUUACAAUUUGUAUCGAAAGACAAACAAACAGACGAAAAAAAAACAGCAACAACAGAAACAAGUUAGCGUAAAUAAAAAUCACACUCUAGAGUACUCAGCGAGA